GCCGUUGGUUGCCGCCGUUGCCGACGCUGCCGGCUGCGUUGCUGCGUUCUCGCGUUCUCCUUCGUCCUCUCUCCCCAUGUAGCUUUACGGCACGGACUAGCACGGACGCGCGGAGAUCACUUCCGAACUCGACGAACCUCUUCGUCGAAGUCGCCGGUUAAACAGUCCGCGGAAGAGCUCGCGCUGAAGAACGAAUCGGCGGCGGCAUCAGUGUCAUCGCCUUCCCGGCGAUCACCGUCACCGUCGUCUCCGCCACCACCGCCGCCACUGCGGCAUACCGAAGUCGUUCGGAUGUGCGGAUUGUUCACCGAUCGUCUCCGAUUCCUCGGGAAUCCUUAGGACGGGAGGGUCGCCAAUGGGAUCUCCCUGACAGGGCAGUCCUCGCAGAGAUGCGCCCACUCUGAGUCUCCUUGCCAGGGUCCAGCAUGACAAAGGCCUAUGACUUCAACUGGCAACGGACCAUCCCUGACGCACUGCUCAAGGGAUGCAUCUUUGACCGCUGGGAGGAGGAAAAAGAACAAGUGGUGUAUGAGCCCGGCGCCUUGUUUCGUGUGGAUGAAUAUGGCUUCUUCAUCUACUGGAACAGUGAGGGCAGGGACGGUCAGGUACUGGAGCUGUCACAGGUGAACGACAUCAGAGCUGGUGGCAUUCCCAAGGACGUCCGCCUGCUGGCCGAGCUGAGCAGCAAGAACCGCUAUGGGCUGGACGAGGUGUCCCUCACCAUCUGCUCGGGCACCGACAUGGUCAACAUCAACUACACCCACGUCGUCUGCCCAGACCCGGACACCGCAAAGGUGUGGCAAGCUGGCCUGAGGAGCAUCACCAACAACAUCAAGGCAAACAACGUUUGCCCUGCCACUUGCCUCGAGAAGCACUGGAUCAAGUUGGGGUUUCUAGUUGAGCCUGAGGGAAAGCUUCCAGUACGAAGAAUAGCCCAAACAUUUGCCUCUGGCAAAACGGAGAAGUUGGUCUACCAGUGCAUAGCUGACGUGGGCCUGCCAGGUGGAAAGAAUGAUGUGAUUGAACCAAAGGAGUUUACACUGGAGAAGUUCCAAGAGCUGUACCAGCGAGUGUGCCCCCGAAACGACAUCGAAGAGCUCUUCAACACCAUAACGGAAGGAAAGACUGAUUACAUCACCCUGAAGCAGUUCAUCUCAUUUCUCAACGAGAAGCAGCGUGACCCACGUCUCAAUGAAAUCCUGCACCCGUUCUACGACGAACGCCGGGUGCGCGAGAUUGUGGGUGCGUACGAGACAUCGCCGGAGCUGGUGAAGGAGGGGCGCCUGAGCCAGGGGGGCCUGGUGCGCUACCUCAUGUCGGACGAGAAUGCCCCGGUGUUCCUGGACCGGCUGGACAUGUACAUGGACAUGGACCAGCCCCUGUCCCACUACUACAUCAACUCCUCCCACAACACCUACCUGACGGGCAGGCAGUUCGGCGGAAAGUCCUCCGUCGAGAUGUACCGACAGGUGCUCCUCGCUGGGUGCAGGUGUGUGGAGCUGGACUGCUGGGACGGAAAGGGGGAAGACGAAGAGCCUAUCAUCACUCAUGGGAAGGCCAUGUGCACUGACAUCCUCUUCAAGGACGUCAUCUACGCCAUCAGAGACUGUGCAUUUGUAACAUCCGACUACCCCGUCAUCCUUUCAUUUGAGAACCAUUGCUGCAAGAAGCAGCAAUAUAAGCUGGCCAAGUAUUGUUCAGAAAUCUUUGGUGACUUGCUUCUCACUGAACCACUGCCAUCUUAUCCGCUGGAGCCAUGCGUCUCCCUGCCCACUCCCAACGAGCUGAAGAGAAAGAUUCUCAUCAAGAACAAGCGGCUCAAGCCAGAGGACGAGAAGCGAGAGCUUGAGCUGUGGAAGAAAGGGCAGCUCCAGAACGACGACGACGAAGAGGAAAAAGAGGACGCCUCCGUCACCAUCCUGGCGCCCACCGAGGAAGGAGAAGGGGAAAUGCUCGACCCAAAUUCGCCCACGCAGGAAAUGCCAGGAUCCAAAAAGAAGAAGGUAAGCAGCCCAAGGGACGGGCGCGGCUGGAGUACGCGCUACUCGACGCUGACCCGGAGCGCGGACGGCGCCGUCCAGGUGGAAGCGCAGCUGGAGGAGCAGCUGGCCAUGGCCCACUACCAGUACACGGGGGCCACAGUACACGUACAUCCGUUCCUCUCGUCCCUCGUCAACUACGCCCAGCCGGUCAAGUUCCAGGGCUUUGACGUGGCCGAGGAACGCAGCGUGCACUUCAACAUGUCCUCCUUCGCCGAGACAUCUGCCCUGGGAUACCUCAAGUCGCAGGCAAUCGAAUUUGUCAACUACAACAAGCGACAGCUGAGUAGAAUCUACCCCAAGGGAACCAGAGCUGAUUCUAGCAAUUUCCUUCCUCAGAUCUUUUGGAAUGCUGGUUGCCAGAUGGUAGCACUGAACUUCCAGACUCCCGACCUCCCCAUGCAACUCAACCAGGGAAAGUUUGAGUACAACGGUGGAUGCGGAUACCUGCUGAAGCCGGACUUCAUGCGGCGUGCGGACAAGACCUUUGACCCGUUUGCGGAGUCUCCCGUGGACGGGGUGAUAGCGGCCCAGUGCUCGGUGAGGGUGCUGUCAGGCCAGUUCCUGUCGGACAAGAAGGUGGGCACCUACGUCGAGGUGGACAUGUACGGUCUGCCCACGGACACCAUCCGCAAGGAGUUCCGCACCCGCAUGGUGCCGGCCAACGGCCUCAACCCCGUCUACAACGAGGAGCCCUUUGUCUUCAGAAAGGUGGUCCUCCCCGACCUAGCGGUAAUUCGCAUCGCAGUCUACGAUGAAAACGGAAAAAUGCUGGGGCAGCGCAUUCUGCCCAUGGACGGGUUGCAAGCUGGUUACCGCCAUGUGUCCUUGAGGACCGAAGGGAAUUUUCCCAUGUCUCUCGCCAUGUUGUUUAUCUGCAUUGAGCUCAAGAUUUACGUGCCUGAUGGUCUUGGUGACCUAAUGGACGCUCUCUCGGACCCUCGAGCCUUCCUGUCGGCCCAAGAAAAGCGCAUGGUGCAGAUGCGGGCCAUGGGCAUCGAGGAGGCCGACAUCCUGGUGAAUCGGCCCGACCUCGGCUCCCAACAGAAAAAGGACGACGACAAGAGGGAAGAGUGGCGGAUGGAAGCCAUUACGGUGGACGCCCUCCGGACGGAGAAGGACUAUGUGAAACUUCGGCGUAAGCAGAUCAAGGAGCUGGAGGGGCUGCGCAAGCGGCACCAUAAGGACAAGCAGCAGGUGCAGAAGCAGCAGUGCCUGGCCGUGGAGAAGCUGGUGCCCAAGGACUCGCCGGGCCCGGUGUCGGAGUCGGAGGACGGCGGGGUGCGGGCGCUGGUGGUGCAGCAGAUGCACCAGUGGUCGUCCUUGCUAGGCACCCACCGGGCCCAGGAGUGGGACCUGCUGCGCCUGCACCUCACCAACCAAGGACAGCUGCUCAGGAGCCUCAUGCUCAAGGCCCAGGCGCAGCAGAUGAAGCAGCUCGACGCCAAGUUCGAACGGGAGAACAAGGAGAUGAAGAUGAAGCAGGCCAAGGUCUCCGUGGAGACAGCCCGGGAGGUGUCCAGCGACAAGACUCUCCGCAACAAGGCGGAGCGAGAGAGGCGUCUACGCGAGAAGAACAGCAACAACACCAAGAAGUUCAUCGAGGAGCGCAAGUCAGCCGCCCUCAAGCAGAGCAAGGAGCGCGAGCGACUCAAGAAGAUUCACGAGAAACAGCUCCACGACCUACAGAGGGAGAUCGACAACGGCCUCGAGUUAUACAAUGCGGCCGAGACGGAGUACAAACUGUGUGCCAAGCUGGAGUGCUUCGUGUGAGCCUCCUCCGGGGGGAGGGGGUGGCCACGGAGGAGGGCCGUUUACGCCCUCCUUCCCCCCUUCCCACCCCCGCCAACCGGGGCCUCUUCCUCUGGGGGCCAAUACGCCCGCAGUGGUCUGCCUCGUCUGCUUCUUCCAGCUUGGGCAGACGCAUCUUGUUUUGCUGACGAGGCGGCGGCUGACUCCACCCUGGAACCGUUCCACCUCUUCUCAAGCCAAAGAUUUUUUGGGGGGAACCCGAGGGGAAACCGUGGCAUUUGUUUUCGCCCUAACGAGUGCUUCGGAUCGAUGCACGCUUUGCCAAAGCUUUGUUUUUUUUUAAGUCUUUUUUUUUCUAAAGGAAAACUGAGCACAAACUUUUACUCUCUCGAGUUGGUGCAUCUGUGGUUGUUGAUUUCAUUUCCGUUUUUACGUACAGACAGCGGCAGAGCACAAACAAGCGAUUGCUGGUUCUUUAUGCUUUUCUUUUAGAAACUUAGUAUCCUGUUUGUUAUAAAAAUUACUGCAUAGAUCCCCUGUAUUUAUAUAGUGGAUCUAGUAAGCGAGGGAAGUGAGAAGUUAUAGGCACCUGAUGUAGUGGUAUAGUGAACACACUGUUGUAGUGAAAAUUUACCUUGGGGAAAAAAAUGGGUUUUGCAUACACCGUUCCAGAAGAUACUUCUGGCAGCUUUUGUUCUAGAUGUUGGUGCAUUUGCCAUGUGCUACCUUUGCUCGCCAAAGUGACGGACUUGCAACGCCGUUCCCUUUUUAUUGGGUGCCGAACAAUUACUUUUUGUAAACAAUGGAGCAGUCUUAUGCUGAGGUUCCACUGUAACACGGUGAAAAAUGCCCUCACGGGUCGCAACCCUAAUCGGCGAGAUCUGAUGUUCGUCAUUACCCGUCCGAGUAAAAUGCGGAAAAGCACCCAUGCCGUAAUUCAUCUAACAAUGUCGCAUAAACACUUUUUUUUUUUUUUCUGGCUGCGUUUUUAGUAAUUUUAUCCUGGGGUUUGCCGCAUGUCGGAUGAAGCUACGGCUCAGCAAAAAUCAGUCCACUUCCAGCUGGAUUAUGAAACUGGAAAUGAGGCAGUCCAGCUGGAACCCAGCUGGAACCCAGCUGGAACCCAGCUGGAAUUCAGCUGAACUGCCUCAUUUCCAGUUCCAUAAUCCAGCUGGAAGUGGACUGAUUUUUGCCUGGGGUUGUAAGCUUUUACUGCUUAUUUAUAAACUGAGCUGGACAGUAAAUUUUAACCUUUUGGCUGAAGGUUUGUUUAUCUAGUCAGUUUUUUUGAGGAAACAUACUUUUGAAGAGAACAUUUCAGAACAUGUCAUAAUCAUGAGCUUUUGAAUGUGUAAAUACUUAUUUUGCAGUUUGAGUUCAAUAUAUGUAGAUUGGGAAUGCUGGUCUGAUUGACAUGUGGCGUUGAAUGUAAUUUACUCGAGGGCCUUCAGAUAUUAUGAGAUGUAGCAAAGGCACAUAAGCAAUUGCAAAUCUACGACCUUUCUGGAGUUCGGUUUCAAACCGAUUUCCUUCUUGUCUGGUUUUGACAUCAGUGGAACUGUAAAGUAACAAUCUAGUCCUCAGUAACAAUAUAGCAAGAAAAUAUUUUUGAGGCAGCAUGAUAAAGUCAGUACGAGAAAUAUCAUAUACUAACUAAUCCUUAAUCCCAUAAUGUUAAACCCUGGUAACAUAAGCAAAACAUCAAGUUUGUUUGGCAUGAGGAAUUUCCUACCUGUUACUCUAAGUAAACAGAUAAUCACAGCAGUUGAUGCAGACAUCGGCUGCAUCAAAGAAUUUGAGUUGAUAAGAAGAGAAAAUUUUGAUAUAUAAUGCAUGUUUCUGUAUCUGCUGCAAGCUAACCAGUUCUAACUUUUGUAAAGCUGAACUGAUUUAAAACAAAAUCAGAAAUUUCACAUGGUGUGUUCUAUUUGUGUAAUAGAUAUAUACUAUCCUGUAAAUAGCUAUGUAUAAAUAAAUAUAGAUCUAUUAUCUAACAAAGGAAUCUAUCUCCACAAGGGAGAAUUUAGCUUCAAAACACGAAAAAAUGUGUUCGCUGAGACACAACUUCUACAAUGCUGCACGAGUCCACGCAUGUCAUGCGGCACAGGUGCAUGCAAUAAAGUUGUGAGCGGCUUCACUGCAUCACAAAGGUGCUUCAUGUUCAGCAAAAUUUGUUUGCUUGUCCAGAAGUUUCCAUAAACUUUUGUGCAAGAGGAUAUAUUGUUGCGAGUUCAAAUUUGUACUGAUAUCUGCAGAUGCCUGCUUUACUUGAGCAGUCACUGGCAUUGGAAAUUUUUAGUGUUGAGGCAGUGCUUGUGGCCAUGAAAUUGAACAUACUUUUUCAUUUUAGAUUUUAGUAAGUCAUCCUUGAACUUUUGUAAUGAGUUUCAUGAAUUAUGUUUGUCGGAUGGAUUAACUACUUGACUCAUUAGCAACUGCAAACUUUAUUACAAUGGCAACAGAGCUUAAAGAAGCCUUAAUUUACUACUUUAUUUUUCAGGUUAAUCUUUGUAAAUUUGUAGAACCCCUACUUAAACCAUUUUUCUUUGAUUCCCAGAGUGUUUGAGACGCAAUCAUGGCAUAUUUUAAGGCAUGCCAGUUCUCAAGUCAUGGCUGAGUUUACAAUUGUGGUAGUAUUUGCUACUCUUGUUGUCUUUAGCAAUUCUAGAAGAAGUCAGGUGCAGUUGUGGUCAGUCUAGACAGCAUUUGACUAGCAAGAUGAGUUGUUCCAGGUUUUUCAUUGGACUUGAUAAUAUCUUUAGCUUUAACAUUGACAUUGUUGGUUGUACAUAUCUUGUCUGUUUAUCCAUUAUUUUCUUAUCCUUUAGAGUUCAUUUAAAGUAAGUAGUUUACACUACUUAAAGGCAUAAUCAAACUUCUGGUAGCAUAGAAAUACCUCUGUGAAUUUUGUUUUUGUUUACUUGUCUUAUUUUGUAUUGUGUAAUGUAUAUUCAUAGGUUUGCUGUAGUUUUGAUGGAGUUGAGUUGGAAGUACAUACACUGUAUGCUUCAGAUACUAAUCUAAUCUGAUGGCUAUGCUAGAACUUUGUUUUAGGGUUCUUAGCAUGACUUUUAGCAGCAGCUGGGAGCUUGGUUACGUCGUCAAGGGGAGGGUGCGCCAUUUGUCCACGUCAGUAUCAAAGUCCUUAACCUUGCAGUUAACUACGGCCACUGAGGCUAAGCUAGUGGCACAAAACACCCGACUUGUUACCAGCCGAGUAGCCAAGUGCUACUUGCCUCUGAGCGAUCCUAUUUUUAAAACAUUCCUACCCGGCAAAAUUUGCCAACACGCAUCAAACUAAUCUUAGUCUUGACAAUCUUUCGAAUAUUGACAGCAGUUUCGUUACUUGCACUUGUUGACUUUCCGCAUGCACUAGAGAGACAGUGACGUCCUCAGUUGUCAAUUAAGCCCCGAGGCAAAUAUUCCUAUAGUUUCAGUAAGUCUGUCUAUAGAGGCAAUGCUUAGGAUGCAUUUAGAGAGUGUGAACGUGCAUGCUGCGUUUAUAGACACCGAGGGUGCACGCCAACCCUGCGGAAAAGGGAACCUGGCCGUCGAGAUCAAACAUCCCUGCCACUUUUUUCAUGUGCAUGUGUAAAAAAUUAAAAAGCCUGGAGCAACAAACAAUGGCACACUCUAAUUGUCUUACUUUUUGAACACUUUAGGCACACUCAAGCCUGCCUGCAUGGCUCGCUGCAAUUGUUUUUCUUUUGCAAUUUAUAAAAUCCUGCGUAUAAGCCUUCCAAUUUGUUGACCUUACGUGGCGAUAGGCACGUCAACGUCGGAGUGAUUAGGCAGAUUCACUUGGAAAGUUGCGGAAGGACUGUAUAUUGUCGGACUGUUUCCUAUUGGAAAUGUGACGCUGAUUUAUGUGUUUCGUUUAAUCUUAAAGGGACACUGACAGGCUAUUUAUUCUCGCAGUUUCUAUUUGAACUUGACCUACAAGAGCCCAACUACCCAGAACACAAUUUGUAACUCGAAAUUCUUUUUCUUUCCGCCCGAAAACAGCCGGUCAAGAUUGGCCGGUUCCAGUCACGCUCACUCUCUGUUUUAUGGUCAUGUGACAUUCAAACUAUCUGUGCCAAAUAUAUUCAAAGUUGUGGGUCAUGUAAGGCACACAUUCAAUAUGAAAGAGAGAAAAGAAUAUGAACCCCAUUUAUGUGGUUUCCAAAAAACUGCAAAUAUGUUGAUCUAAAAAAAAAUGUUGCACAGAUUACAGAAAGUACAUGUACACGUCACUCUCAAUAUGGCGAUGUACCUAUUGCGGGCUGGCAGUGCAUGACAGACCAACAUUGCGACAGACGUAGGGCCGCUACUUCGGAACUGUCAUUCGGGGUACCGGCCAAUCGAUCUUCAAGUGCAGAACAUAGAGCGGAAGGGAUAUAAGUGUGAAACAAUUGCAGGACAAACGGUGCACGCAAGUUCGUCGUCAUCAUCGUUUGCUUCACACGCCAAACAAUCGUAGAAAAAGAAAUGCAGUCAGGUGUAGCAGUGCGACUUCCAGCCAUGAGCUUCCUUGCUCGUGUUUUGGUUUUGGUUUCGAGGAGUUGAGUUUUUUGGCUUUAUUAAAAAUGUAUGUGACUGCAGAAAAAUAUUGAACACCAUAUUAAAUUGCGUGGCAAAAACUUUUUAAAAAAUGGGGGGGGGGGGGGGGGGGGGUGUCAUUGUCCCUUUAAGGCAUUGUGUAUUAUUGGCUUCGUCCGUUUUGGGCCUCUGUUGAUGAUGACCGUCAUGUUUUGCGGCUUUGCUGUACUAAGAGGUGAUGUAAUUUCCGAUCUCGGCUUUCUCUGAAAUGUUCCUGCAAGUCUUAAAAAUGUCUAGCGUACGAACUUGGACAGAACCAUAGUCCUCUGUAAGUUUGCUCCAAGUGCUAUUGCUGUAUGAAACUAUUUGUGUGACUUUAAUGAAUCAGUGAUGCACAGGGUUUUCAAAAAUAAGAGUUUUCACUUGGUAGAUACAUGUGGCACAACUAAUUUGUUUUGUUUGUGUAAUGCGAGCUGUUGGGUUCAAGCAUAAGUUGGAGGGCCAACUGUCCUGUCACCUUUGGUUGCCACUUGCAGCUAAGCUGUUUGUUCCUACUGCCACCCAGACCAUAGGAAGAAUAACUCUUAUUUCAAACUUGGAAACUACUACAAGAUUUGAGUUUGAGUUAAUGCACCGUCAGAAGCCAAAUUCAUGGCAAUUUAUUCUUUACUCUGUCACUUUACUGAUGUUUUUCAAUCUGUUAGUGGUUAGAAUGUGUUUGGAGGAAGUAUUUUUCUCUCUAUACUGUACAGUAUGCUGGGUUUAGGAGUGUGGAUGGAAAAUUGUCUGUUUCCCCAAUGUUUUAUUAUGUUUUUUUUUGUGUCUUUUUGUUUCAUAAGGUUUGUUUGCUCGUGGAAACAAGCCAGUAUUCCGAGAAACCAGUCAUAGAUUGUGGGUUAUCUAUAGAUGCCAUGCAAUGGCCUGUCCAGCAUGUAAGUUAAUAUCAUGUGCACAGUGUACAAUAGGAACUACUAUUGUGUUUUUGUCAGAAUUAAUGAGGUUGUGAGUGUCAUCUGUUAGGCUACUGGACUCCUCGAUCCAAAAAGACUGAAAGAAUGAUGUGUGCCUUUCAAGGCUUAGAGCUGACAUUCGUUUGGCAGUGUUGUUACUGUGUGUGAAGACUGGAAAGGUGUCUUGUUUUGGCUUUGGAAAGUAUUUGUCAUUGUCUCCUAAAAAGGUAUAGCGAAGUUAAUUGAAUUCUGCCAGCUGCAAUUAUUGAGCCUGUGUCUUCUUUCCUGUAAUUUUCUCCUAGGCAGGUUCAUUACAUUCACACUUUUAUGCAUCAGAAACAACUUAGGUAGAAGUUUCUGUAGUGGGUAUGAGAAUGUUGGUGGAAGCGAAAUGUCUUACUGCAGAACCAGACCUAUUACAUUGUGACUUUUAAGGGGUACGAAAACAAAAAUUGAAAUAUACAAAUUUUGUUUGGAAUUGAGCAAAGCAUGACGGAUAUUAACCGUAAAUGAUAAUCGCACGUUUGCUUUUCGAAUGACUGGCCCUAUUUUUCGUUCCAAACAGUGCACUCGUGCAAGCGCUCAAAGAGAAUCGAACGGAGAGCACGAUGCGUCAUGAGAUAUCCGGCGCAAACAAAAAGAAAAAAAAGAUUCCCCGCAUUCGUGACGUAGCAAGGCCGACGUGGUUAUGCGCUUUGCCGUUGCUGGCAUUGGGGUGGCGUCAACGCGUUACAAUUGAGCCGUUCGAAGUACCCUCGGGGUGACGAGCGUCGCGCACGUCGUGUUUGUGUGGCCGAUCCUCUCCCUAAAAGAUUAGACCGUCACUCAAAACUCACACAAAAAUUACUUCCCCCACCCCGUUCACCCCUAAGCUGACAGUGCGGUGGAAGCUGUAUGCUUGCGGGACCAAUCAGCCGCCUCCCUUUCAUCACCUGACCACAUUCUCUGCGCGUGGGUAUGCGCGAGGAAGCGUGAUAACAUGGCAAAAGUGUAGCUGGCCCAACGAGCACGUAGCUUCCACAGCACUGUCGGCUUAGGGGUGAACGGGGUAGGGAAAGCAACUUUUGUCGGAGUUUCGAGUGACGGGCUAAUCUUCUAGGAGGAGAAUAGCGGCGUCCGGGUACACAAACGAGUGUCCGAGCAAGAGGGGAGUCCCUCCUUUCGAUCUUCUUGAACUCUUUGGUACAAUGCGCGAUUUGUGAGUUGAGGAGGAAAGGUAAAAAGGAAAAAGUUGAAAAACCGUUGCAUGACCGCUUUAAACAGUUGAGCAUACUUCCAAAGAGCGGCGCUGCUCCGAUGUUUAGUGCGAGUAUGCAACAGUUCUUGCUACGUCAUGACUACAUAGCAAGAUUUCCAACGUUGCUAGAUUACCUUCCUAAUUCGCUCUACAGGCAUCCACCAGGUGCGCAUUGAAAGAUUGUUUAAUGAGCUUUAAAUUUAGUUUUCUUGUACCUAUCAAUGAAAGACUGGUGUUUUUGAGGUUAUGCUGCAACAUGCAACAUAUUAAACCUAAAAAAUGAGCGCUGGAAGUUCGUUUUCGUACCCCUUUAAGCAAAAUAUGAUAGCUGUUGAGCUAUUGUAUUAAUUGCUCAAGGGCAGGCAUCAAAACGUCUUUCAGACAGUUCUUUCUUAUAGAGGCAGCAGAUAUGUGCAUAUGUAAUGGUAGGAAAUUAAAUUGAAACAGCAGCCCAAAACUAUAUCACCAAAUACAAAAAAAAAAAAAGGCAUAUUCUUUAAUGGAGACAAAAAAAUCUAGUUGCAAUGUAAAGUUUACUUAUCGAGGUUUAACUGUUGCUCGCUGGAAUGUUAACUUUUCUGUGCCAUGUUUCCAACUGUUUACUGGUUCCUCUGAAAAUGGAAGAAACCAGCUUUUUUUUUUUGUUCAGGUAUAAACUAGUCUACAUGCUUGCCAAAACCGCAUUUGGUAACAAAAAGCGUGUCCACCGGGGAAUUUAUAUUUCAUUGUCAGUUGUAGUCUUUUGACCCAUGAGCAACAAGUGCGUCACUGUCGUACGUCAAUCGGAGAGUUCAGAAUUGUGUAAUUUAAUGAGGGAGGUUUACAGCAAACAAAUUAAUGUUGUAAUACCUCAUUCUUAGUGUUUCAGUUUGUUGUCAAACAAUCAAGUGCAACCUAUUGUUUUAAUAGAUCUCAUUGCCAUGAUAACGUUACAUCUCAGUGUGUGCAGGCUUUUUGACAUGCUAGCAGUAUGUUUUACUAUGUAUGGUCUACUCUUCAUUUGAGAAUUUUGGUUUGUGAAUCAUUUUGGAGUAGAAAGUGGAGCAGUGUUUCAGAGAUCAGAAGUCUUUGUUGCACCUUUCGCCGCAUGAUAACGUGCCGCGCAUGCAUGAGAACACCUCGAGGCACAAAGAGGCGCAGAGACCGAAGUUGCGGUGUAUUUGCGGAUAUUUUUUUAACACCGGUACCUUCACGACGAAUCAACCGGGGAAGUGUUCCGACGUCUUUACGAGAAACGACACGAUUCACGAGGCGCGACAUACAAAAAUCACACAUGCACGAACACGAAGGAAUGUCCCUAGAAACACGAACAUGCCGUCUACCGCGACAAAGCUAAACCAUGUGGACCAGGCUAGACAAACAUAGUGGCCGGGAACGCCAGUGUGCCCCAAUAAUUUUAGACAAAUUUAAUUAGGCACACUGUAGCUUCCGACACAGCUAUAAAGAGAGAUCUUUUUUACGAGCAUUUAGCGAGAGUAUUUUUCGAGCCUGUACGUUCGUGGAGACUGCGAGUCUCUCCGUUUUUACGAGAGGUUGCCGGCAGAACUACCCGGGUGUGUCGGAGCUGCGUUCGAACCCCGAAGCAUUUAGGCGCCGUGGUGUUUGCAUGCCACCGUUCUCAGUCUUCUCUCUCUCCGCCCUCCUUUGGGCAUUUCUUUCCACGUAGUUCCGGGUAGCAGCAUUCUUGUCGUUAGCUCCUGUGCAAAAAACGUUGGUGCUUUGUAUGUGCUUUACGAGGUCUCUCCCGAGCCCCUAUAUAGUAUUUUCUGUAAAUAAAACACGCUUUCUGGUGUCCUCGAACAAUAAUAAUCAUGUUUUCCAA